CCGCAUUUCGGUGCACAUGUCUUUUGUCUCGUACAGCGGCGCGGCGCGUGUAUAAAUCUAGCCCAUUGGUCCCCGUCCCAUAACACCUUCCUCUCUCUCGUUUUCUCUUUGUCGAAACGCGAUGGCUUUCACCAAAGCUCUGGCCCUGCUCGCCGCGUUCGCGGUCGUGGCUGCCGCCAGGAACGAGAAAGUGCUGCACGAGAAGAGAUCGGCUGUCCCAUCGGGCUUCGUCUGCGAAGGGCCCGCCCCUGCUACACACGAACUGCAACU